AUGGCUGGUAGAAAUGAUCGUGCGAUUGCUGAUGCUCUUCAAGCAUUAGCACAAGCUAUGAAUAAUAACAAUAGGACUGAAGUCGCUCCUAACUGGUUGGAGCAAUUUCAGCGAAAUCACCCACCUACAUUUAAAGGAGGAAAUGACCUAGAUGCUGCUAUGAAUUGGUUAACGGAGAUUGAGAAAAUCUUCAACGUUAUGGAUUGUCCCCUCACUCAGAAGGUGAAGUUGGCCACCUUCAUGUUGACUGCUGAUGCUCACUUUUGGUGGGAAGGAGCACUUCGGAGGAUGAUUGAUGGAGGGGUGCACUUGAAUUGGGACAACUUUAAGAAAGCUUUCCUUGAGAAGUAUUUCCCGGAUGAUGUGAGGAGUCGAAAAGAAAUGGAAUUCCUUGAGCUGAAUCAAGGGAACGACAUAGUGGCAGAGUAUGCUGCCAAAUUUGAUGCUUUGGUUCAUUAUUGUACACACUACCAUGGUGAGGGUGGUGAAAGAGCUAAAUGCAUAAAAUUUAUAAAUGGUCUGCGUCCUGAAGUGAAAACUGCAAUUAACUAUCAGGAGAUAUAUCACUUUCCCACUCUAGUUAAUAGGUGCAACAUUUAUGAUCGUGACAACCGUGCUCGUGCUGCUUUCUAUAAAGGAGUUGGAGGUCCUAUCCGUGCUGUGAGUUCUAGUACUUCAGGUAAGAAUAAGCCUUACUCCGCUCCCACUAGAUUUCAAGGGAGUAAAGGUGCUGCUAAUAAAAGCAAGUCAUUUACUAUGCAUGAAUGCAUGGACUCUUAUACAAUAUCAUAA